AUGAUGUUGGUACUACCUCAAUCAGUUUUUCGAGUACAAAUAUGUGUUAGAAGUUGGCGAUGUAUAAGAGGAGUUGCCAGGCUGCCUAGCUUUGAUACUAAAUCUAUUCCGGAGUUGCCAUAUGCAGAAAAUAUCAGUCUUGCAUGGAAACAAUUGAAACCGUAUAAAGUUAAACCAGUGGAAACUAAAACGCCAAUUUUAUUUCUUCAUGGUUUAUUUGGCUCUAAGUUGAGUUUCAACAAAGUAGCACGUAAGUUGAGCGAGAUAACUCUUCUGCCAGCUUAUGCGGUGGAUUUGCGUAAUCACGGAGAGUCUCCUCACGUUCUUCCUCAUACAUAUUUGCAGAUGGCUCAUGAUGUUUAUAAUUUUAUAAAGGAGCGGGAAUGGGAACUGUGUAUUUUGGUUGGUCAUUCGAUGGGGGCUAAAGUAGCUAUGCUUGUGAGCUUGCUAUACCCGCAACUUGUGGAGAUGUUGGUUGUUGUUGACAAUUCUCCACGGUCAAUGCCAUUGGGAGAUAAGUUUACCAAUGCUUUAUUGGGUAUGUGUGAAGCUGAAAAGAUUGCGUUUAAGUUUAAGCAAAGAAGUCAAGUGGAAAGGGUUACCGAGAUAAAAGAGAUUGACGAAUUUCUUGAGCAAUACAUCGAGGAUAAGAACCUUCGAGAACUAGUAAUGAGCAACUUGCUAAUUAACCGUAAGGAUCUUACAAACAUCCAUGUCAAGAAUAAGGUUAAAGAAUUGUUUAAAAUUCCAGUAAUGAAUUUUUGGAAGAAUGAUGUAAUUGGCGCGAUGGGGGAAUGGCCAGACUUGUCAGUUGAAAAAUAUGAAGAUCCUGUUUUGGUUAUUCAUGGCAAAAAGUCAGACUUUGUGACAACUAAAGAUUUCGGUUUAUUUCAUGAAUAUUUUACAAACAUCCAAUUUAAAGAGUUGGAUUGUGGACAUUGGGUUUCCCAAGAGAAGCCUUUCGAAUUUGUAUAUCUCUUGAUGAGAUUUAUUCAACCUGAUAUGAAGAUGUCGGAGGAAGAAGUACGUAGAAUCGUAGAAGAUAGAUAG